AUGGCAACAACUGGAUCACUCUCGUAUCAUCCCCUGAGCUCGACGCAAGAAAUCAUCACUCCCGCCAAGCAGCUUCAGCAGGGCUUUGAGGUUGUCUCUCCACCAGUAUCAUGGACCUUACUCCAAGUCCCAGAGCCUACUAGCAUCUAA